CUUUCCCUUCUCCAUUUUUCAUUCAUUUCCUCUAAUCUUUCUCCCUCUUCUCUUCAUUUCCCAACCCAAUCUCUCUCUAAACCCUCUCUCUCUCUCUCUCCGCCGCACACGGCAGUAACCUCCAUCCCCUUCUUUUCCCUAAUCUACAUCUUCUAUACCCUAUUAUCCAUCACCCCAAACCACAUCUAUCUUUUUUCCAAUUUCUCUCCCACAUUUUAUAAUUAAUUAUUCUUUAUUAUUAUUAAUUUUAGUCGCUUUCAUUAUCUUCAACAGCUGUUAUUUAUUUAUUUAUUUAUUUAUAUUUACCAAUAUGUCCGAACCCAUUUGUUGUGGUCCCGGGUUUUGAUUUUCCCCAUUCCUCGUAUUUCACUCUUUUACGGUUUUGCCCUUCAUUAAAAAAUCAAGAAACAAUUUCAACCCCAUGAUGAUCAAUCAGAGUCACAAUCCUCACAAUUCUCGUAGGAUGUUGCCACCUGGCAAUACGAGAAAGCGCAAACAUUCUGAAGCUGAUAAGCUGGAUAAGCCGAUACCUUCUAAUCGGCUUCUAGCUGGCUAUCUAGCUCAUGAGUUUUUGACUAAAGGGACUCUACUUGGACAAAAGUUUGAUCAACGUAAUCAAAACCGAACCGAAACUGAUUCUGACUUUGUCGUUGGCUUAACUGAGCAGCAACGACAGAGUCAGUUGUACUCGAGAGCUGAAGCUUCUGAUGAUGCUCUGACUAGAGCUGAAGGGAGAAAGGAGCAUGAGACUUAUGGUAAGGUAGCAAGCAUUCUGAAGACUAAUGGGACCCACAUAAAGGGAAUUGUGAACCCCACACAGCUCUCCCGGUGGAUUCACAAAUCAUGAUAGUCUUCAGCACAGAAAUUUAUGCAUUCAAAUAAGUGCGUUGGUUCAUAUCAGACCGUUUAGAUCUCAAGUUCUAAGUUCUUAUAUUAAAAAGAAUAAGAAUUUGUGUUAAAUCUAAACGGUUUGAAAUUGAUCCAACGACGAGAGUUAUCUUAAUUCUGAAUGCAUGACGUGAAGUUGAGGGACAUGUAUUUGCGUAUUAUGCUAUGUUGAAAAGGUUAGUUUGGAGUUGGUACGUUACUUACGUGGUUAGCCAUGUAUGAAUGUUAUGUAUCAUCCUAAUUGAUGGCUUUUUUGGUUGUGGAAAUUCGAAAAUUAUCUGUAAUAUGGAUGGACCAUGGUUAUCUAAAGUUGCAUGUUGUAUUUGUCUUUUUGAUUAUUAUUGCUAAAUUUUGAAUACAAUUGCUGAAUUACAUGCAUUUUGA